CACCCUACUUGCCUCGGGGAGAAUGUCCCUGUAAUUACUGUAAGUCGCUCUGGAUAAGAGCGUCUGUUAAAUGACUAAAUGUAAAUGUACUACUAAUAGCCUUUGAUUGAUGUAGGAAAAGGAAAUCUAUUUUGCAGAUAUUAAUAGCUUAGAUUUAUUUCUACUUGGAUAACUACAAGAAGAAGUUACUUGUCCAGACAUAGAAUGUACUUGUCCUGGACAAGCAGUAAAGCCCUGGCAUUUAAAACACGGUUAUUGGUUGUCCUUUAAAUCACAACAGACCGUCAGGGAGGCCAUGGAGCCCUAUCCAUUAACAGAUACCUUUGAACUGUGCACGUGGCACAGGCAACAAACUGGUAAGAGUUUCUCUGAGAAAAUACAGGAUUAAACAAACUCAAGACACUGUAUUGCUAUCUUGAAUUUGCAUAUCUAUCUGGCCUUCUGGGGAUUAAGAUUGCGACACAUGCACUUUCAACCCUAUAAAUUGGGUAAUAAUUUACAAAUAAACCAUUGCACACGUCAAAUCUUUGGACAUGAGACAAAUUCGUUACAGUAGACCUUAAGUAAGUAUGGUGACCAAAAGCGAUACUAGGCCUACCAGCAAGCAGAAACAAUUCAAUUUAUUAACAACAUUUGGUUAUGACGAGACCUGUGAUCCAACGUCCAUAAUUUCCAAUCCAAGCGUGAGACCUACAUACAGAAUCAGAUUUUUACACAUGGACAGCGUUGGCAGAUUGAGACUCAAGAUUAUGGACGACCUAACGACAGAAGUGAUUGUGCCAGAGGGUGAAUAUGAAUCCCCAGAUGAAGAACACGUGAAGAAAUCACAAGGCAAGACAUCAAACUUUCCUCUGGCGCCUCCUGUAUUCAAAGAGACACCUAAAGAAAGUGGUUUUCACAAGACCAUAAGGACAUGUCUGCAAAAGAUCAGGGAGGCCAUGCUGCACCAUCGGUGGCUUGAGGCAUCACAAUUCAUGUCUAGCUAUUGUCAGACACUAGAGGACACAACCGCAACCAUGCCACAACUUCAAUCUGAGAUGAUAUGGAAGAUGGGCACCGAGAUUUUACACCACAAUCCCAAUUCCAAGAUAGAAGACUACAAUAGCUUCUACGAGCGUAUGAAAAACUCUGGAGUGAAGCAGUACCUGGUGGUCUGUCUGGAACAUGCCUUCCACUUUCUGGUAAAGGGACAUUUUGAGGAGGCCAAACGUCAGCUGUCUAUUGCAGAGAGCUGGAGGUAUGGCAGGAAAUCUGCAGGCCAGUCCCAGAGAAUUAAACUGAUCCAGGCGUACAAAGGCUUCCUGGAUUACUUAAUCUGGUGUAAUAAGAAAGCCACGCUCUCCAUUAUGGAUGAUCCGGAUGCAGGUGCCAUCCAAGAGAUGCACAGCUACUUCCGUCAGUCCUCUGUCAACCUUAAAGAGGUCAUGAAGACACCCGGUGUCUGGGAUCCUUUUCUUCUGAGUUAUGUUGAUAUGCAAGAAUUCUACAACGAUCAUGAUGGUGCCCUGAAGGUUCUGAACAACUAUUCCUACGACAACGGUUUCCCCCCCAAUCCGAAUGCACAUGUGUAUCUCUAUCAGUACCUGAAGAAGCAUGAAGCCCCUCCAAAAGAACAGAUUCAAGUGUUGAAGAUAUUGCAUGCUCUGGUUCCGAGUCAUGCCUUGAUGUUGGAAUAUUGUUCUCUACUCCUGCAGUCAGGAAAGCAGAGUAACUUUGGGAAGGCUCUGGGUGUUUGCCUGGAUCUCCUGGACUAUGCCUGCUGGAGGAACAGCUUGGAUGUUUGGAGCCAAGUGAAGAACAUCCUCUUGAGGCUGAGGACCAGUGAAGGAUGGUCGGAGAUUGUUGAAGAGCUGAUGGUGAAAAGAAAAGACUGGUGGCCUGCUCUACAUUUUACACACUCCAGUUCAAGCAAGGAGAACGGAGAACUCGAGGAAAUUAAAAUCUUUGUGGCAGAAGUCCUUUGCCCAUCUGCGUCAAUGUAUAGCUACCAGGUGAAGAGACAGUCCAGAGGUGAAUCACUUUGCAAGACCAAGAAGACUAAGCGAAAGAGAAAUUAUGUGACCUCGAGAAAAUGCCGGGAAAACCUCAAGAGAAAGCGUGAACAGACAUCAAGAGGAAGACAGCACAAAGAUCAAUGUGUUUGACCAAGUCUUUAAUACUCAGGAACAACUUUUUACAUGGACCGUUGAAUUAGUAAUAAUUUGGAUAAUGUUAUAAUUUUACUAUGUUACUAGCAGAGAUGCAGCAAACCAAAAAUUAGUGUUCUGAGGCCUUUGCUGUUGCUUCUGUGACACACUAGUGUCCUCCAGGGGGGGCUCAUGCUGUGGCUGUGUUGUGUUCUAAAGCUUACCGCUUCUCAAUGUUUAAAAGGAACAACUGUGUUCUAUGGGAAAAUACUACCUCACUGGGUCUUGAUGUUUGACUUGAAAGUGGAUACUGCACAGAUUAACUCAAACUGGGCUCCGUUUGGAAUCAGUAUGCAAUGAUUUGACUCCCCUCCUGGUUUGACCUCAUGCCUCAACCAACAAGAACUGUCCUGUAGUCUGCUGUCUCCAUGUGCUCACAUGAGUGACAUCUCCUUGUUUGGGAUAUGAGUACAGUACCAGUGUUGGGGAGGGCGGAUGGGGUGCUGUCUCCACCUCUUCUCAUCACACGCACAGACGUCUGAUUCCUGUAACGCCCUCCCCUAUCCCCAGUCAUUCGAUGCUGGGUAACACAGCUCAGUUUCACAGGCCGCCACUCCAGUGGGACUGGUCUGCUAGCUUCAUCAUGAGGACACUCAGCUAAAUUGUUGGAACCAUGAGAUGGAUGCUGGUGCUUCUGAACCUCACUGCUUCUUGACCUGCACUGUCAGGGCAAUGGCACACUUUGUCAGGGACUGUUUACAUUGCUGUUGUGAAGGAGUUUGAGUGGUUGACAAAUAAAGCAAUUUUCACUAAUA